ACGAAAGCUAGUUGUAUUUAGACACCGUAGAGGAACUCAUUUUGUGUGUAUAGAUGAUGACGAAAGAAGGACUCCGCACAGAGGGAAGAUACCUCCCGCAAUCGCAUUCUCUUGAUGCAGAGUCCUAUCUCAGUUUGACGAUGGGAUUUGGGAAGCCUAAUUUGUCCACCGGCGACCAAGGAGGUAUAAAAGGAGAGGUUAAGCCACAUUAAUUCCUCACCCUACACACACCAUACAAAAAGCAGCUAAUAGGGUAAUUUGGGAGGAGGAGAGUGUACAUAAAAAAGCUCAAAACAGAAAGAAACAGAGAGUGAAGCACAAAAAAGAAGAAAGUAGGAAAACAUGGAUUCCGGAUCAAAAUUGAUGGCCGUGUCAGCUUUCCUGCUCCUAACCAUUUCGAGCUUCCUUGUCGUUGACGCGAGACUUGCAGAUACAAGCAUUAUCAGGGGACCGGAUUGUAUCGGCAAGUCAGAGGAUCAAGAGUACAACAACAAAGUGGCUCGUCUCGUCGACAUAUUCGUCGACGAGACAAAAAAUGUGCAGCGCGGACAUCACAGUGACUACAGUUACGUUCACAGCUAUCCGAAUCGUGACAACGGGUCGGUCAUCGGAGGCGCUACCUGUGACAGACACCUCUGGAAAUUGGAUUGUUGGGCAUGUCUUGUCACUGCUAAGAACAAACUCAACACCAAUUGCGAGCACACCCUUGACGCCAGGCUCGAAUUGGCAGAUUGUUCCAUAUGGUACAAAAUGAUCCAAUAACUUCACUCAGUGUUUCUGGAUAUAUAUGUAUAUAUGUGCGCCUCUCGUUCCCUACUCUUGUUGGUCUGUGUUGUUAUUUGUUUUUAUCCCUUUUGCUGCUUUGGUUGUGUUUGGGUCUAUCUUUAUCUUAUCUUACUUUCAACACUCAAUAAGGUACUAUAGAUACUCGUUCAUACCGCAUAUGUAUUUCUCAAAUUUAUAAUUUAAUGAAAUAUUUCAUGAUAU